AAUAGGUUCUUACUAUUCGUAGCUCACUCAAUGAUUUAAAAUGAAGUUAAAGCGUUAUAAGCAAGUACGAAAAGUAUUGAAUUUUUACAAGCAACAAUUUAAUUUGAAGGCUCCAUUCAAAAUACUACUCGAUGGCACGUUUUGCAAAACAGCCUUAACAUAUAAAGUUAAUAUCGCAGAUCAAGUGAAAAGAUAUCUUGACGAAGAAAUAGAAUUUGGUACGACUAACUGCGUUCUAAAAGAGUUAGAGAGCUUUGGUUCACUACUCUAUGGACCUUUAAAAGUACUGCGUCAAUUUCCUGCUUUAGAAUGUAACCAUGAACCUCCUAUAUCUGCAGAAAAGUGCUUGAGACACUUUACGAGACAAAAAUUGAAGAAAAAUAUACGAUAUUUUGUUGCUAGUCAGGAUCCUAAAAUAUCUGAAUGUGUUCGAGAUAUGAGAGGUAUUCCUCUUUUGUAUAUAUCCCGUCAUACAAUCGUUUUGGAGGGCCCUUCGGAAACUUCUAAAAAGAUUGCUGCAAAAAAUAAGAAACAAACCCUGGAACUAUCGAGUAGAGAUAAUCAACUACUGAAAUUGAUGAAAAGCGAUCACCUAGAACCAGUACCCGAAAAGAAGAGAAAGAGAAAAGGACCGAGAGGACCUAAUCCUUUAAGUUGUAUGAAAGCUAAAAAAGAAAAAUCUACUUCAAUUAAUCAAAACGGUAUUGUGAAACGAAAAAGAAUAAGAGUUAAACUAUCUAAACAUGUUAAAGAAAUCUGGAUCAAGGAAGGAAAGUGGCCAAUAAAAACAAACGCUAAUAAAAUCAAUGAAACUAGUUGA